AUGAGGAGCGCCGCCGCUUUCCUCGCCUCGAUUACUGUACUCUUUCACGGUGAGUAAAAAGCCACGUGGCAUUCAGAACGGACCGUUUGCAGUGAGUCACGGAGGAAUUCUCGACAGAUCUUGCGGUCGACGGAGAGUCGGAUACAUAACUUCGUGGGGAAAGCAUCCGUUCAGGGACGAUCAGGUUAGACAUCUGGCAAUCGCGCUCUACCGCUCACCAAGUGGAUUCAGGGCUGAAUUGAAAAGGUCGCGGCCGCGUUUUCACUGCAGUAGAGCGACAUUGCCAGACUUUUGGGAUACUAAUAGAGCCUCUGGUAUUCUUCUCAUCAAAGGGUUAUCUAUUCAGGCGGAAAAGUUGACCCAUCUUGUAUUCGCGUUUUUCGUCGUCGAUUCGGAUGGAAGUGUCACUUUGGAAGGAGACGCUGCGAAACAGAGACUGGAGCACGUGAAGGAGGUGAGGGAGAGAGAACUGCCACGUGGAACCGGAGAGACUUCAGGUGGCCAGCCGACAUCCGGAUCUCAAGCUACUUUACGCGGUCGGAGGAUGGGAGAACUCGCAGUACUUUUCGGUUUUGACCGCUGAUCAUUCGAGAAGGCCAGCAAAGUCUUCUUCAAAUUCAUGAAGUUUCGUUUUCAGAUCAAUCCUCAUCGCCAAUUUAGUAAAGGCUAUCAGGGUUUACGGUUUCGACGGGGUGGACAUUGAUUGGGAGUACCCAGUUACGGGCGGAGCAGUCGAAGGAACGCCUGCGGACAGAAGGAACUACGUCAGUCUGAUGAGAGAGUUGCGGAAUGAGCUGAGGGACCUGGAGACGGAUACCGGAAAGUCCUACUUGAUAUCUUUCGCCGGAGCAGCUGGUCAUUGGGUGCUGAAGCCCGGCUACGACCUGCAACAACUCAUGAAGUACUGUGAUUUCGUGAACGUUAUGAGCUAUGACUACUUCGGAGCAUGGGCUUCCAAAUGGGGAGCCUACACAGGACCGCCGGCGCCGUUGAAUUUGCAAUGCCAAAAAAGUUCUCCGGGAGAAUGAACGUUCACGCGACAAUGAAGGACUACAGUUGCCAGAUCAAAGCUACCAACAAGGUACUCGAUUCUCCCUUGCCCAUCUGAAUUUCCCUGCUUUCCAGAUAAACAUGGGCGUUCCAUUCUAUGGCCGAUUCUGGAAGAACGUGGGCGACGCAGUGGAUUCUUCAGAUGACAUGUGGAGGACAGCGACGGCGACAAACUCGGAAGGAACAAAGUUCGAGGGAGGAGACGUGCAGUGGAGAGAUCUGCACGAGAAGUUCGACGCCACGAAGACAAAGUUCCAUUCUGGAUCCAAGACGCCGUUCAUCUGGAUUCCGGAACAAAAGACUUUUGUUGGCUACGAAAACGCAGAUAGUUUGAAGCACAAAGUGGAGUACAUUGUGGAGAACAACCUAGGCGGACUCAUGAUCUGGGCGAUAGACUUCGAUGACGACCAGGGCACUCUUCUGAAUGCGGCCACUUCCGAUUCCCUCUGCGCCACGUCUACAAAAUCAUUCAAUUACAAGUGUUCUCCAGUCGACGACAAGAGGUGGUGGACCUACGACGACAACGAAGAACUCGCAGGAAUGUGCGGAAAAUCAGCGCCGCUCAUCGAAGGAUACUAUCCAGUGUGCGAUCCAGACGAUCCGGGUCAUGCUUGCUGUGGAAAGUACGGCUACUGCGGAUCGGGCGCCGAGUUCUGCUCGUGUCCGGAAUGCAUCGAUUACGGCACAGACCCGAGUCUGAUUCUGAAGGAGCCGGUCAAACCGAGUCAGAAGAUAACCUGGUACACGGCGGACGCGGGAGAAGGGAAACGAGGAAGGUGCGGGAGGGACGUGCCGCCGAUGGAAGGGGAAGCUCCGACGUGCAAUCCGGAUGACGCGAACGCCCAUUGCUGCAGCAACGGCGGAUAUUGUGGCAACACGAAAGAGCACUGCGAAUGCAUCGGAUGCGUGGACUUUUCAAAGCAGAGAGACUUCAAGUACAAACCAUUGGAGUGGUGGACAUUCUCGGAGAACCCGGCCAACGUUGGUGGGUUGUUCCAUGUGAUGCCGUUGCUAAGCACUGAUGAUUUAGGUCGUUGUGGUUACGAUGCUCCACGUCUAUCAACUGGAAAAAUUCCAAAAUGCGACCCGGACUCCGAGUCGUUUUGCUGCAGUAACAGUGGUUAUUGUGGAAAGGGAGAGCAGUACUGCACGUGCCUCGGAUGCGUUGACUUCAAAGCGAAUCCUGGUUACGAAUAUUAA